CCAAGUCGAUAUCUCAAAAAAAGAAAAAAGUCGAGAUCUCAAAAAUCUCAAAAAAAUGGAUGUCAAUUUCUCAUUUUCACUCACUACUAUCUUUUCAUUUUUUCUAUUUCUAGCUUUUUUUCUAAAAUUAAUCUCUCGAUUCGUAUUCGGUUCGAAAUUGAAGCUUCCUCCGGGGCCGAGGAAGUUCCCGUUGAUCGGGAACUUGUACCAGCUGGCCGACACUUCCAAGUUGCCGCACCAUCUCUUGAGCGACUUAGCAAAAAAAUACGGGCCGGUGAUGCACCUCCAGCUCGGGGAAGUCAGCACCGUAGUGAUUUCAUCGCCAGAAGCCGCGAAAGAAAUCUACAAGACGCAAGAACUCAAUUUCGUCAACAAACAUUCGUUCAUCGCGCUCGAUAUAAUGUUUUACCACCAAAACGACAUGGCAUUUUCCAAAUACGGCGAAUACUGGAGACAGUUGCGCAAAUUCUGUACCGUGGAGCUAUUGAGCGCGAAACGAGUCCAAUCGUUCCGCGCCUUAAGAGAAGCAGAGUUCUCGAAUAUGUACGAAUGGAUCGCUUCCAACGAAGGUUCGCCGAUCAAUUUGACGGAUAAAAUCAGCUCGACGACUUGCGAAAUUGUAAUGCAAGCAUCGCUCGGGUACAAGGCCGAAGAACUAGCCGAGUUCAAUUCGAUAGUCCAUAAGACCGCGGAACUUGCUCUCGGAUUCAGUCUGGCCGAAUUGUAUCCUUCGAUCGGUUUGUUUCAACGAUUCAGCAUGGUGAGGCGAAAGGCGGAGAAGCUGCACAAAAUAUCCGACAAGAUACUCGAAGGGAUUAUCGAUGAACACAGAUCAAGCAACAAUAAUCAUAAGCAACACGAAGACUUCGCCGAUGUUCUUCUCAAGUUUAACGACGCGGGACACCAAGUGCAACUUACUACCACCAAUAUAAAAGCUGUCUUACAGGAUGUGUUUACCGGAGGAAUCGAGACAUCCUCAAUGACGACGACGUGGGCUAUGGUGGAAAUGUUGAGGCACCCGGCGGUGCUUAAGAAGGCGCAAGAUGAGGUGAGAGAAGUUUUAAAAGACAAGGGAUUUGUCGACGAGUCGUGUAUCAACGAUAUGAAGUACCUAAAGUUAGUGGUCAAAGAAACUCUGAGGAUGCAUCCGGCGUUAACCAUAUUAAAUCCUAGAGAAAGUUCGGAGCCAUGUGAGAUCUUCGGAUACAAAAUACCGGCGAAAAGCAGGAUCAUGGUGAAUGCCUGGGCGAUUGGAAGAGAUCCCGAGUACUGGAAAGAACCCAACAGUUUUAUCCCAGAGAGAUUUCUUGAUAAUCCGGUCGAGUACAAAGUGAACAACUUUGAAUACCUUCCCUUUGGCGCGGGAAGAAGGGUGUGCCCCGGAAUAUCAUUUGGCCUUGCUAAUGUCGAGGGUCCUUUGGCAAUGUUUCUCUACCACUUCGAUUGGGAAUUGCCUAAUGGAAUGAAACCCGAAGAUAUGGACAUUACGGAAACAACGGGCCUUACGGCGAGAAGGAAAGAACCGUUGUAUGUUAUUCCGAGGGUGAAGAUACCGUUGCGGCGCGUAAGGGAAGAUUGAUGUAUCUCAUUGUAUGUUUUUUGAAAUAAGGAAUUAUGGUCGGGUUGUACGCUUGUUUUAUGCACUUAGUUAUUACGUCUUAGAUUCGAGUAAGACUAAUAUCUUAGUUUUUGUUCUGGAUGAUCCGUAAUUUUUUUUUUUUUCGGAUUUUUUAUAUGUGAAAAUAAAUAUAGUAUCUACAAUCUUCAAUGAGCUCUAGAAUCCAAUACGUACGAUUGUAAGAGACUACUCAUGCUCAAAAUGAAUAAAAUUAUUACUCAUUUUACGUUA